ACACCAGACAUGACGCUUGGACAAUCAAUAUCCUAUUUUUCAUCUUCAUCUUCUUUAUGUUCUUCAUCAUCAUCAUCCAUCUCGUCGCCUCCAGACGCGCGCGGCUCCGUGAGGAAGAGCCGGACGUUCCGGUCCACCAAAGGAGCUUCGAAAGCGCGGCGUGAUUUGAUUAAUGCAGAAAUACGGAAGCUGCGCGCGCUUCUACCGAUCAGAGCCAUGGACCGCGAGCGUCUCACGUACCUGCACGCGAUGUCCGUCAUCUGCACGUUCAUCCGGAAAUCCGUGCUGCUCGCGCGUGAUGCAGUGUGUGUCGGUGGUGACGGUGCUUGUGCUGGUGAUGGUGCUGGUGAUGGUGAUGGUGAUGGUGGUGCUGGUGAUGGUGAUGGUGUGACUCCUGAAUGUGAAGAUGUGUUAAAUGCACUUCCUGGGUUUUUGGUAGCGAUGACCAGUGAGGGGAAACUACUGUACGUCUCAGAGAACGUGUCGCACUACCUCGGCCUGUCCAUGGUGGAGGUUCUGCAGGGAGACACAUUUUACAGCAUGAUCACCAACAACGAUGCAGAAAAAGUCAAGAGUUACCUGCAGGAUGGGAACCUAAACACAGAGUUAUAUUUAGGUUAUGAAGCAGAGGAACUAAUUGGACGAUCCUGGUAUAGCAUCAUCCACCCUGAUGACCUGUUAUUGAGCGCAAAAGAACACAAACAAUUAAUGCACUGUGAGCAGGUAGACUUGGUGCUGCGAGUGCAGGACAAACAGCUGAAUUGGGUUUGGCUCUACAUCAUUGCAACCAGAGACACAGAGAGUCACAUGAUCACUUGCUCCAAUUACAUAAUCAGUGAAGUCGUGGCUGAGGAUCUGAGACACAAACUCAGCACUCCUCCAUCCCCCAGUCCUCCAGUCCCACAGAAUUCCCUGCGUUCCAACAAGAGACCAGCAGAGGUCAGUGCUGAGAGCGGGAGAAGGAAAAACAGACGAGUGUCUACAGCAGCAUCAUCUUCUCUUCCCUACAGCCCCAAUUCCUCCUUCUCUUCUCCAGCACAGGAAACUGCAAACAUAGACUUCCUGUUCGGCUCCUCAGCAGACUGUCCUAUUUACCCCUCCCCCUCUCAGAACAUCCAGUGGCCCAGUUUUGAUGCCACCUUUUCGACUCUGACACCAUUUUGCUAUCACACUGAGCUCAGUGUGUCAGACGACCACACAGAACUCCCUAGUGUGUCUGACAGUUUCCUGUACCUUGAAGACUUUAAUUCAUUUCCUGCAUUAGUGACAGGAAGUAGUAGAACAUUCCAUGCCCCAGAGGAUUAUGGGUGGACAGGUCUGCUGACUCCACCCCCCCCUGCUGUACGUUACAGUGAGAUGGAGCAGGCUGAGAUCAGCAUCCUUGCUCAGCAGAUCUCCUCUCUGGCCAGCAGCUUUGAUUCGUACUGUAUUAAAAGCUCCACCCAUCAUUGUGACCACACUACUGGCUCUCAGUCAUGUGACCCUGAGGCCUUCUUAUUGGAUGAGGAAGUGAUUGACAACGUAAUGCAGCUUCCCAGGGUUACUUUGGAGGUUCAGUCUCUAGAAGCGCUGUUGGAUUUAGAAAAGUGUUCAGAGGAUCAACAACAAGAGUUCAGCCUUUAUUCACACACACAGCAAGACGGGUUUUGUGAUGAAUCUCUCUAUUAAAGUGGAAUAUGUUUGUGACUCCACCUCCUCUUUCUGGGAUUCCAUGGACCAGGUACCUCGUCACGUUUCCAUGGAGAACAGCGGCUGUCAUUCCUACCUGUUGCCAUGAGA